UUUGAUGAUUAGGGUUUAUGUUUGGCCAAACAUAAUGCCCUGCUCACACCUUACUAAACUUGGUAAAGAAAACAAUUACAAGCAAUAAAUUCCAUAUGCUACCUGAAAUUCUGCAUUCCGAAAAAUUAAGUCCCUUUUCCCUUUCCAGCCAACAAUUUAAUUUUUCUUACAACCUAGUCAAACUUCAACAUCAAGUAAUUAAUCUAAUAACUCCUUUUAUUCACCUGUCCUUCCCAGGAGCAAAGCAACAGCUGCUCCAGAAGCUCCGACGAUUCGAGAGGCUGGCAGAGCUCGACCCAAUCGAGCUUGAGAAACUAAUGCUCGAGCAUGAUGAUGAUGACAACGAAGAGGAAAUAGAAGAAGGGGAAGGUGAGAAGAGCCAGUUUAUGAUAGAUGAGCUUAUUAACAAGUCGAGCUUCCAAUGUGUUCCUCGAGACAUGAAGAGGUUGGUAUCCGACCUCAUCAAUGAGGAGGAGCGAGGAUCGACUCGUACCAAUAACAACAUCACCUCGAGUGCAAGUGAAGAAGCUGUGGCGAAAAGGGUGUGCAAGAGGUUCGAAUCAUGGAAGGAAGUGGAGUCCAACACCAUUGAGAUGAUGGUGGAGCAAGAUUUCGUUCGAUCGGAGGGCGAAUGGAGAGGGAAUCGAGACGAGGUCUCGGAUGCAGUGGUUGAGAUUGAAGUUGCCAUAUUUGGGUUGCUGGUUGAGGAGCUAGCAGAGGAGUUAGUGAUACUAACACAUGGUGGUGGUCCAUUGAUGGUAUGAAAAAUGGGUACAAGAGGUGGUGGGGGGAAAAGGGGGAAUUGAAUUUUUGGCUCCACUUUGUUUAUUUGAUUUUUUUAGCAUUAGUUAUUACAUAUCUAUUAGAGUAAAUUAUUACAGUCUAACAAUGGGAUAAUGGAGAAGGUAUAGGCUAAUGAGAGAGAGGAUCCUGAGGCCAUAUAGAGGGUAAAAGGAUCUGAGCUUUAGCAAAUGGUCAGUUAGUAGCUGCUAUCUAGUAAUCUAUAUGUAAAUGAAUUAUGUAUCAUUUGUUCAAUGAGGCAUAAAGAUGCAUAUUUCCCCCGCUCUUUCGAUCUCACGUUAGUUUGAUUUUUCUAUCAUAGUUGUUUAUUCUCUAAACUUUACAUCUGGUCUUUCGAUUCGUGUCCAAAUAAACGAAAUACAUUUCGUAAUCACUCACUCAUGACGAGAGUUGGUGCUUGCAACAGGGACAUAACUAGACAUGGAAUAAUGAUCAGGUAGGGGGAAAAGUGGUUAUGAUUGGUUAGCUUUGGCAGUCUAUCAUUAUACAAACAAGAUUAGGCAGUGAUGGGGACAUCACAUCUAACCAAAUUAUUUGGAAUAAUCAGAGGGGUAGAUAGAGAUUGUAAGAUGCCUGAAUGUAGUAAUUAAGCAGCAGACAGUUUUUGGGUUUAGCUUAAAAAAGCUUAUAGAAAUUUGUCAAUGCGUUUGACUUGCUAAUGAUGCUCAACAACUUGCUUUCUGUUCUCUUGACACAAUGAACAUUCUUUCACCAACUAAUUAUGCCCAAUACAUGGACAUAAGGUAAGGCAUCUCUCAUCCAUAAUCAAUCGUUGUUUUGAAAUAUUAGGAACUACUUUUGUAACCCAUUAAUACCAAUUGUCAUAAAAAAAAAUAUAUAAAAAUCAUGUAUGGAUACAAACUAGUGCAAAUUUAUAUGAAAGUUUGCAAUAUGGUUACCGCCCUUUCUGUAAAAACUGAUAAACCCGAAAGUCACAAUUUCUGAAAACAGACGUCAAAAUCAAUGUACGUUUGAUGAAUACCGAGAGAUCGACCCAUUCCAAUCGGGCACUAAACCGGUCUUUAUCCUACAUGCUAGGUGUCACUAAAGUUUGUUUAUGCUGUCAAUUUGGUUAAAGGAACUUGCUUUUAUGCUGGCUGGAAAACCUACUUAUGACAAAAUCCAUUUAGAUUGAUCUCACACAGUACCUUUGAUUCCCCUACUGAUUUUUUAAAAGAACAGAUCCUUCUGUUGUUUUUUUUUUUUUUUUUAGCUCUAAUGGGGUCAAGUCUUUCACUUUGAUUUUUUCACAAUGGAGCUAGAGCCAUAGCCAUGGAGGGUGGGCAAGUAACCAAAUUGAAGGGCUCAAGAAAGGAUUCGAAUCCACUUUGGCUUUGAGCCAAGGAGCCUACAAUGCAAAGCAAGCAUCAUCAUUUUGUCCUCCCCUGUUUCCUUCAAUGGCUGCCCCCUACCAUAAAAGUUGUUGUUUCUCUUUUAUAGGUUUGGUUGGUCAUGGAUAUUAAGAACAUUCAUCUCUUUACCAAGUAUUUAUUUUAUCCUAGAUAUAUGCUUUUGCAAUUAGGAAUGGUAAUUCCAACCAUUUCAUGUAUUUUUACUCAUGAGCUCAUCCUUAUAACAGUUAUUACUUAUUAGAUGAAUUUUCUUAAUACAUUGUACUUUGCUGA